UAUUAUUAUUCAAUAAUUUUUUUAACUAUUUAAAAUGUGAUGGAUAGACGGAGCUGCAAAAAUGUAAGUGUCAACACAAUUAUAAGUAGUGAGAGGAGAGAACCAAGCAAGGCAAUGGCAACAAUUUCCUUCUCAUUUGCUUCUGCUUCAAAGCCCUUAAACCCUUCUUCCAUCUCCCCCUCUACAAUAAACCCUACCAUCUUCAAUCUACUACCCACCCCCUCCAAUUCCCCGCACCUCAGAAGAAUCCCCCUGCUUCUCAAAUCUCCUCCCAUUUCUCGAAUCUUUAUCGACAGGCCUAUUAUAACAAUCCAACAACGUCGCAUCUGUUCGACUCCAAUUACCUCCAUGUUUACCGGCAUAGUUGAAGAAAUGGGCCGAAUCAAGCAGCUCGGUUACGAUAAACCCGACAGUUUCACUAUGAAGAUACAAGCGAAGCUCAUUCUCGAGGACAUUAAUCUCGGUGACAGUAUUGCUGUUAAUGGAACUUGUUUAACGGUGGAUCAUUUCGAUAAGGGGGAGUUGGAGUUCAGUGUUGGAUUGGCUCCCGAGACGUUGAGGAAGACUUCUUUGAUCGAAUUGGAACAAGGGUCGGUGGUGAAUUUGGAGAGGGCUUUGAAGCCUAGUACUAGAAUGGGAGGUCAUUUUGUUCAGGGACAUGUGGAUGGGACGGGCGAGAUUGUUGAACUCAAACCUGAAGGGGAUUCUUUAUGGGUGAAGGUGAAGACUGUGAAGGAGAUUUUGAGAUAUAUUGUGCCUAAAGGAUUCAUUGCUGUGGAUGGGACUAGUUUGACUGUCGUCGAUGUGUUUGACGAAGAGGACUGUUUUAACUUCAUGUUGGUGGCGUAUACGCAGCAGAAUGUGGUGAUUCCGAUGAAGAAAGUGGGACAGAAGGUUAAUCUUGAAGUGGAUAUAUUGGGAAAGUAUGUGGAGAGGCUUCUCAGUACUGGCUUUGUCGAUGCCAUCAAAUCUUCAUGAAAAAAGGUUGUUUCUUUGUGCUUCAUUUUGUCUUUGAACUUGCUUUGGCUAAAAAAUUGUAUCUUGAAUUUGGAGAUGUUUCUUUUGCAAUUCUCUCAAGGUGUAUUUCGGGAUAGUGCUCCAAUGAAAUAAAAUAAACAAUAUCACCUUGAUU